AUGGAAUUAGAAGAAAAAGUAAGGAUACUCAAAGAACAAUUCAGUUCUUUGCCAAGGAUCCUUAUCAAAAAGACUCUUUGUAGCGAUGACAUUAAUGAAGACCUUGAGAAAUGCAAACAGCGGUUGCAAGAAUUUAACAAGCAAAUUAAUAAUCCAUCUCUCAGGAGUACCUCAGCAGGCACUACAACGAGAUUACAUGAUCCGUCACAGGAAGGGUGUGUCAGCACAGACAAGGCAGAAGAUCUUUCUGAAAAUGUUUUGGAGAAUCGAAAUGUAAAAGGUAAGCAUAGCACCCCAAAGAGGGGAACCGUAAAUCUCAAACGAUAAAUGUGUUAACAGCAUAGAUGACCACUAUUAUAUGACUUGACCAAGCAAGCGUGCCCUGUCUCCAUGUGUGUACUAAAUCGGCCUCGUGUUCUUUAUAUUCGCUCUGGUUUCGCUUUAUAUUUACCCUGAUUUUAGUUUUUAUGAUGAUUUUUAGACUUUUUUCUAUUAUUCAUAUAGCUCAUAUAAAUCUCGUUCUUUAUUAAGUCAGGGUGAUUGGGAUCGUUCAGUCCUGUGACACUUUUAGGCAAUAGUAAUUGUGUUAUGGUAGGAAGCUUUACUGAAACAGAAAAGUCGAACAUUUUUCUUUUUAAUUCUUGUUCUUCCCUUUUAUCUUACUUUCCUCCCUCUUCUUCUUCUUCUUCUUCUUCUUCUUCUUCUUCUUCUUCUUCUUCUUCUUCUUCUUCUUCUUCUUCUUCUUCUUAUUAUUAUUAUUAUUAUUAUUAUUAUUAUUCUCCUUUUUCUACGUCUUUUCCCUUUUCGUCUGGCUUUCCACUGUCAGUCAGCAACCCUUGAAAAGGACCCUUUAGAUGAUUCAGAAAGCACAUGCAUUCAAAACCAAGAUAUGGGACAAAAAUACUGCUAUGUACAUUUUAGGUGGCUUGUCCUCCUCUUUCAAGUCUUUUGCUGCUCCGAAUCCUUGUGGGUGGAACAACGGUACCACGUUUGCAGAGCAAAGACCUCUUGAUAACUGCAACGUGAAGCCUGUGUUCUCAGCUCCAAAACUUGAACAACUAUCGGAUCUAGCAAAGAUGAUGUUGCAGAGUCCAGGAAUCAUAGCCGAAAAUCCCAAAAUGAUGGUUCCAGAUCCUCCCAAACUUAAAUCCCAGUCAAAUGCUAUUAACAGUGGCAAACACAGCGUUUAUGAAGCUUGCCUGAACCCUUAUGCAAGCAAAAUGACAUUUGAAAAACAAAGAUAUCUUCAUAACGGCGACGUGAAACCUACGAUCUCAUCAGUUCGGAAACUUGGAGAAGUAUCGGAUCCAGCAAAGAUAAUCACACAGAGCCCAGCGGUCAUAUCCAAAGGCAAAAGGAUGGUCCCAGAUUCCCCGAAACCUAAAUCCAAAUCAAAUGUUAAUCUUCAUAAUAACACGGAAAAGGUGUCGCAUCCUGAAAUAAUGCGCACACAGAAAGAAGAGUUAGCCACUACUGUAAAGAGGAAUGCCCCUAGUCCCCCCAAAACCAAACCUAAACCAGCCUGGAGGACAAAACGAGGUAAGACAAGAGCCCUUUAAUUUAUGAUAAGACAUCAAGGCAGAAAACAGAAGAAGAAUUUUUUUUCAGGAGUAAAAAAGUUAUUUCCAGUGAUGAGACGGGUCAGCCUUCCUAAUGAAAUGCAGUGGACUAGAAAGAAGGUUUCCACACUGAAUGUUAUGUUUCGUAUUGGAGAGCGCAAUAUAUGUUAUAACUAGGUUCUAGGCGUGUAUAUUUUGCCUUCCUUUGUUAUUCGAGAUCAAGCAAUAAAAUUGUGUUUCAAGUGUAAGUAUUAAGUUAUACCGAAAGAAAUCUACAACUGCAUAAGAUGCAUGACGAGUUUAACUUCCCUGGAGCCGCUUCCGACAACCCACGAGCCCAUACAAUAAUACAUCUGCCACAACAGUUAUAUGUUCUUGGCAACAAGGCCAAUAAGGGUCCCACAAGCUUACACCUAACAUUAGUCCUGUGAAGAGCUGUACUAUCAUUUCUUUCUUUUUCUUUUUUACUGUUUUUUUUUGGGUGUCGUUGAAAAGGAUAUAUUCGGCUUUUAGAUGUUUAACUUUUUUUAUUCCAUAGUGCAAAACGAGGUAUAUAAGCAAAAAAAGACACAAAACAGCGGAGAAGAUGAACGGCACUCCAGUGAAAGAACAGUAUCUGAGGCCUCCUUUAAUGCCGGCGUGAAUACUCAAGAAUUAGAGGAGAAGAUCAAAAAGCUCCACGAGGAAUUCCCUCGUUCGCCGAGAGUGCUCAUUAAGAAGACUCUUUGUAGUGAUGACGUUCAGUGUGAUCUUGUGAAAGCCAAAAGACGGCUACAGGAAUUUUCACAAAUAGACGAUCCAUCUCUCAAGAGUCCUGUGGCAAGUGAGUUCAUCUCAGACAACUCAAACAGAGAUUUGCAGAUGAGCAAAGGGAAACCUCAUUCAGGUUUGUAAAUAAUGAAAAAAGUUGCUAUGUAAGUACUGGAGACCAUAUUUUUUAGAUUUAUUGCCCUUAAUGUUUCUGUUCAUUUCCUUAUGAAAAGGACUCUAGCGGAAUUGCACUCCUUCAUCAUUCGGAAAUGUUGCAAUUCGAAUGGAAACAUUUGAUUGACGUCCACGACAACUCAGGUUGCAACCUAGAAAAAAACCUAUCAAGGGAGUGUGUUAUUGGAAACCGCUGUACGUUGUACGAGUAUAUUCCGCAUUUCCUUGUUAGUCGAUAUCUAAGAAUGAAAAAGUAGCACGGGUAGUAUAAAGUUAACCUGAAGAAAAUCUAGAGCAACAUAAGAUAACGACUCGGUCGAACUCUGGCUUUAAGUUGCCAGGAGUUGUGUCCAACGAACCGUGUAUACAAGCUCGGAUAUUAUUCAUUAUUUUUAGUUAGAAUAGUUCAGCUCGCUCGAACAAUAUUUUGCCAGUAGCGACCAAAGAACAAUAUGCACAGAUUAUCUUGAUGUUGGUCUUCUGGGAAGAGGUGCAUGUGUUGCUGUUGAAAAGGAUGUUAUGCGUUUUAAUCUUUGUAUUUUUAUCGUGUUCCGGGCUCCUAGCUGGCUAACUUUUUUUAUUCCAUAGUGCAAAACGAGGUAUAUAGGCACAAAAACAUACAAAACAGCGGAGAAGAUGAACGGCACUCCAGUGAAAGAACAGUAACUGAGGCCUCCUCUAAUGUCAGCAUGAAUUCUCAAGAAUUAGAGGAUAAGAUCAGAAAGCUCCAGGAGGAAUUCCCUCGUUCACCGAGAGUGCUCAUUAAGAAGACUCUUUGUAGUGAUGACGUUCAGUGUGAUCUUGUGAAAGCCAAAAAACGGUUACAGGAAUUUUCACAAAUAGACGAUCCAUCCCUCAAGAGUCCUGUGGCAACUGGGUUCGUCUCAGACAACUCAUACAGAGAUCCACAGAUGGGCAAAGGGAAACCUCAUUCAGGUUUGUAA